AAUUAUUAUUUUGAAAUAUUUUAUUUGGGUAUUAACUUUUUGUUCCGUCAAAUCCUCCCAUCACCGUCGCCUCCUCGAUAACCCGUCGGCCGUCGCCCCAAUUUCUCCGGUCGCUGUCUGCUCCCAAAUCGACCCUCAAUUUGUUCUCAGUCGAGUUUGUUGCAGUUAUGUCGUCAGAGAAGGAAGAAUUAAGCUCCACAGUGAAACGCAAAUUAUCAUGCUUUGAACACUUUGAUGCACUCUGGUUCUGCUACUCCCCGGUUUAUCAAAUGAAGCAGUAUUACAGGCUUGGUACUCUUGAUAACUGUCGCGGUAAAUGGAAAGCAUGGACUGACUGCUUAAUGCUCAAGACUAAACCCAAAUCUCAAGUCGAGGAAGUCCUCGAAGCUCGUGAGAAAUCAAAAAAGCCACACAUCUGGAAUUUUCGAACGCGAUAUGAAGCUUCACAAAACUGGCAAAAAAUGUAUGGUCAUUUAGAUAAGCCUGAAUGAGGAAAGUCAUUUUGCACAAAUGAACUUUUAUUGCCUUAUAAUUUUACUGUUGGUUUAGAGAAAGAGACAUUCAGAGACCAAAUAAAGUUUAUACCAAAUUGAAGGUACCAGAAAGCAAGAUUUUCAUUCUUAUUUUCUGCGGAGCCUUCACAUUGUUUUCUGAAUUGAGAAGACUUGGCAUAUUAAGUUUCUGUUAAUAAUGUUUUAAAAUUUGUCUGAUAUUCAUUUUCAUAGGAUUUAACCGUAAUGAAAUUUUGGCCUCUAUCUUCUUCAUUCAAUUGUAUCAUAUUUUUACCAUGUGUUGUCUAAAUGACCAUAAUGGAUAAAUUUCAAAGAUCGUCGUAUGUUUGUGUAGUUUGUUUGUUUACGAUACUGAACAUUUAUAAUAGCUUAGAGAAUCAAA